UGCAGAUCUCGCUCACAUUCGAAUUCAUCGUGCAAGUACAACUACAUACUCUUCGCACACCAUCAUGACGACAAGUGACCUCUUCGCGGCCAUCUCCAAUGGACAACCAGAGCUAGUCCUCACGGCACUCAAGCUCCACGAUGUCUAUGUGAAUGGCACCAAGCUGAUCAACAGGGUCCUGUACACGCCGUUGAUGCUCGCUGCCGAGCUGGGCAAAGCAGACAUCGUCCGGAUUCUCUUGGCGCGGCCAGAGACUCAAGUCAACCGUGUCAUCAAUGCCAAGAAAUCACCGACGCCGUUGCACCUGGCGUCGUUGCAUGGUCAUAUAGACGUUGUGAAAGCUCUCUUGGACAUGCCGCAAGUGGAUGUGAAUGCUACGAUGGAGAGGAAUGUCACUGCGCUCCAAUAUGCUUGUACGAGAGGCCAUGUGGAUGUUGUCGAUGCGUUGUGGCCGUUCGCGAACGAUUUGACCAAACGUCGGAGUUUAAACGCGCUGUUGGAAGGUCGCAAAUACGAGAUGGUGGCGUCGUUUAUUGAAAAACGAGUCGAGUUUGACGUGGCAUUCCAGGGAUCCCUCCUAUUAGAAUACGUGGCACCGUACUUGUCCGCGUCGGGCCUGGUGUACAUGCUGUCCAAGGACCUUCCAAUCAUGACAAUCGAAGAAACCGACUUCGAAGUUCGAGACGAACUUGCCAAGCAACUCGUGGUGGUGGCCAACCCAGACCACCAGUUUUCGUGGGCUGCGUUCUUAGAUCCUUCCGUCGUUCAAGUGAACGACUCGAUCGCCAAGGAAGCCAUCGCGAUGCAAAUUGUGGACUUGUUCGUGGCUAGUAGUACUACUACUAGUAAUACUACUAGUAGCCCUACGGUUCGUCCACUCACACGAGAACAAGUGGUGCGAGCACUGGUAGAUUCCAAGGACAAACACAAUCGGUCUGUUCUGGCCACGGCCGACCAUUCCGUGGCAAUGUACUUGAAGCGUCAGUUGUACUUUGGCCAUCGGUACGAAAUUGCCGACGGCCCGCCAGUCCACCAGAGUGCCACGUCAGUAGUGGUACAAGCCACCGACCACGGCAUGUACAGCCAAGUGUUUGAAGAUUACGCCGACGCUGCCGACGGCGGCGGCUUCUUGAAUGAAGACAAGUUUCUGUCAUGCAUUCAAACCCUCCACAACGUGACCUCGGCUUUGUUGGACGGCAAGGUGACAAUUGACGCCUUUCACGACCUGACGUCGGUCACAGGCACUGAUUGUAUGGACUGGCUUACAUUUCGCAGCUUUUGCGAACAAACGUAUGGCCCCCACGUGCAAGUAGCAAUCAAAUUUGUAAAACAUCAUGCCGACUACUUGAACGAACUUGAGUGCCGACGCGGACUGAGCUGCGACUACGUUGUUGGGUUGGUGCCUAAUCCCAAGAACCUAAGUGUCCUGCACUCCCUUCCCCUCUCAGGCACAUCCAUCGACCUGGCAUCAUAUCCACAUGCCCUCGUCCUCCCCGCAGGCAGCCGCAGCCUUGCCGACAUCUUCCGCCAUGAACGACCCCGUCCAUCCGACACAUGCCGCUAUCUGCGACAAGUGGCUGCGGCCCUUUGGCAUUUGCACAACAAGGGCCUCGUGCAUGGAAACGUGACCAUGGACAACAUCCUGCGAUACAGUCACGUGAAACUGAUCGAUUUGGCCGCGACUACUAAAGUGGGCACGCCAGCUUUGGGCAACGCCAAGUUUACAUCGGGCAUUUUACCUCCUGAAAUGUUUUAUAUGCUUGCCAACGACGCCGAGUACGCGCAAUACGUGUCAUAUUGGCACACCGUCGGUGGUUUCAAGGACGACGACCUGCUGCAGCCGCACUCGAACGUGGUCGUGCGGUCGUUUCGCCAUAUUGUACCCGACGACCAAGACCAUCACAUGAUGCUUCCGUACCAGUUGGUUACGUCGUCGCCGGCGCAGGAUGCAUGGGCGUUGGGGUGUCUGAUGUUUGAGAUGGUCUCGGGCAUGCAACUAGUGCCGACCAAUCGGGAUCAAGAGAUUUUACCCCGCUUUAAACGUAUGGCUGCGACGUGGACGGACCAAGCCCUACACAAGUACAUCCACGAGAGUGUUUUCGAUGACGUGGCUCGGGAGUUGCUGUGCAAGUUGCUCGUGGUGGACCCGUCUCAACGCCUGUCUAUGGACCAAGUUGUAGCCCAUCGAUACUUUGAUGUACAAGUAGCAACAACGAGCGAUGAUAGGACGCGGGAAGGCAUCGUGCGCGCGGCCGCCCAGCGUCACCUCUUGACGUAACCCUAGUCAACAAUAUUAUCAAAACCUUGUCCAAUGAUGUAUGAAGUACUACUGUAAAUAUUAUAUAUAUAUAUAUGUCACUGCCAAGAGACGACUGGAUUACUGUACUGUACAGUACCUUGGGGGUG